AUGGCGUGUGAAAUACAUACAGGUGUGAACGAUGUUUUCACUAAAAAACAGAUCCAUCACAUCUUAAAGCGAUCGCUUGGAUUUACCAGUUUUGAACUUAUUGCUUGCGACAAGCGACCGGCGGUGAUCGGAAUGGCCGGGUUCCUCGGCGACCACUUUAGAGUGACUUUACACGUGAAAGUCAACGGGUAUGUUGAAAAGAUAAAGUUAUUCGUGAAGAGCGUGCCUGUCUGUAACGCACCUAAGGCUGAUUUCAUAAAUAAGGGUGGUUUUUAUAAGAGGGAGAUGGUGGCGUUUCAACUUUCCGAAGAAAUGCAUGGAGCAGAAGGACCGAAUCCGUGGUGCGCAAAAGCAUAUCUGUGCAAUGAGACAAUCCUCGUGAUGCCGGACUUAGCUGUCGAAGGUUACAGAACAUUUAUGAACCACGAAGUUCUCGAUCUCAAGCACACGCUGUUAACAACGGCGUCCAUUGCGCGUUUCCACGCAUCCUUCGCUAACUAUGUGACUAGACGUAUGUUGCACGACAAAAGUUUCGACUUAACUAAUUGGUGCGAGAGAAGUCGCAUGUUUGCUAUUUUUGGAGCUAUUGGGAUUCUGCCAUUUGUGUUGAUGGAUCCUAAAACCGCACAGAAGACCUUUGACGACCCAGAUACUUUUGUUAAGUACUGCGAUGAGGACCGGACCGAACCCGUGCUCGCUUACUGCCGCGAGUCCAAGGUCUAUAUGGAAAGGCUACUGGAAGUCAACGAGGAGUUUGUAGAGCGAUAUGUACUUAAGCAACUAUGA